CACGAGCAAAGGUGUAAACAUUGGCCGAAAUGGAUAGUGGACUGAAGGCAUAUAAAACUCAAACACAAACACACAGUGAGUUAGAAGAUUUGGAGGAAGCUUAUAGAUUUAUAAAGGAAUGGAAACCAUCAUCAGAUGUAUUUGCACUGAAGAACUUUCCAUAUGCCAUAUCAGCAUUAGGAAGCUGCACAGCUGCAUACAUUAACGCUCACUACAGAAAGGCCCUCAAGCUGCGUCACCAUGCCUUUGUUGCUAGUUUCAUCCCUGUGGUAGUCCUGCCACCUUUGGUUGGCACACUUAUGCAUCAUCACUUUGUUCAGCGUCCCUUGCUGCUGCAGAAAUUUCAGUGUCCAGUUUGUUUAGAACUUAGAGCUGGGGGCAUUCAGCUCUUUGCUGGCUUCAUAUACCCUAUGGUAUUAGCACCUCUAGCUUCCUUUCAGUUUGCAGCAAGAUUGUACACUUAUCCCCUGCCAGAGAUAUCACAGCCCAAAGCAUUAUUGAAAGAAUUUAUCAAAAUGACAAGACCAGUAAUGUCAAAGCUUUAUGUAUUAGCUGGAAUACAGCUAGCAGCCGGCAUGCUUUGGACCCACUGGGAAGCUCAUAACCUCUUUACCGUCAUGUCAAAGCUUUCUCACAUGGAGGAAGUUGUCACGAAGUACCAUAAGGAGCAAAAAGAAAAGGAGGAUUCUGAUUUCUGAGUUAAAAGAUGUAUGGAGAGAUUCGUAUAAAAUGCAUUGUGCAGGAGUAAGGAGGAGGAGUUCUAUUGAUCUUGUCUUACUAUGAACAGAUUUUGGGUAUUCUGUUUGAAGAAAUUGUUUUCAGGUAUAGUACAGUGCAUACUUUGUUAUUUUUUAUAAUAUGAUAAAGUAUAAAGGAAUACCCACCACACAUUUUGUUAAAUAUUUAUGCUGUAUAUUUUUUGUAAAUAUAAUGUAUAACAAAGUAUUUAUUCUUAUGUG